GUCGUCCACGCCGCCGACGCCGGUGGUCGGGGCGGCAGCAGCCUCGCGUCGGGCUUCCUGGACGCGCACAACGCCGCGCGGCGGCAGGUCGGGGUGGCGCCGCUGCGGUGGGACGAGCGGCUGGCGGCGUACGCGCGGCGGUACGCGGCGGCGAGGAGCGGCGACUGCGCGCUCGUCCACUCGCGGGGCGCCUACGGGGAGAACCUGUUCCACGGCAGCGGCGGCGGGUGGCGGCCGGCCGACGUGGUGGCCGCCUGGGUGUCGCGGGAGCGCGCGCUGUACGACGCCGCCGCCAACUCCUGCCGCGGCGGCGACGCCUCCGCGUGCGGCCACUACACGCAGAUCGUGUGGCGCCGCACCACGGCCGUCGGCUGCGCGCUCGCGGCCUGCGCCGGCGGCCGCGGCACGUACGGCGUCUGCAGCUACAACCCGCCGGGCAACUACGUCGGCGUGAGGCCGUACUAG